GCCCGCGGGGCGGCCCCACAGGCGGCGGGAGGGCGAGCUCUCCUCGUGUUGGGCUGCUGUAACGUUGCCCUGUGUGUUCUGCUUCCCGCACCUCCGGGACCUGGUGGCCCGCGCCGCCCGCCCGCCAAGAUGGAGCAAACAUGUGAUGAUAUCGACGAAAUGUUCAGCAAUUUACUUGGGGAAAUGGACAUGCUGACUCAGAGUUUAGGAGUGGAAACUAUGCAACCUCCAUCCCCCAAAGUGUCCAACAAUGAAUUUAGCUUUACAGUUGGUUUUAAAGAUUUAAAUGAAUCUUUAAGUACCCUAGAGGACAAAGACCUGGAUGCUUUAAUGGCUGAUCUUGUAGCAGACAUAAAUGAUGUUGAACAGAGAACUUUACAAGCCCAGAAAACUACUUCUGGCAAUGAGCAAAGUAUGGUCACUUAUCCUUCAAUUGGCUUGGACAGUGGCAUGAAUUCUAAAUCCACUCUCUAUGUUACCAUUAAUGAACAGUUUGGGGAUGACUUGCCACCUCCACCUCCAGACCCUGAUUUAGACCUUCCACCUCCACCACCACCUCCUCCUCCUGAGCCCCUCACCCAGGAAGAACAAGAGGCACAGGCUAAAGCUGACAAGAUUAAACUUGCAUUGGAGAAACUGAAGGAAGCCAAAGUUAAAAAGCUCGUUGUCAAGGUGCACAUGUACGAUAACAGCACAAAGUCGCUGAUGGUGGAUGAGCGGCAAGUGACACGGGAUGUUUUAGACAAUCUCUUUGAGAAAACCCAUUGCGACUGCAACGUCGACUGGUGUCUGUAUGAAAUGUACCCAGAGCUGCAAAUUGAGAGAUUUUUUGAAGACCAUGAAAAUGUUGUUGAGGUGCUAUCAGACUGGACUCGAGACACUGAAAAUAAGAUUCUGUUUUUGGAAAAAAGUGAAAAAUAUGCUUUAUUUAAAAAUCCCCAGAAUUUCUACCUGGCAAACAAAGGGAACAGUGAACGCAAAGAAAUGAAUGAUAAGAACAAAGAGGCCUUACUGGAGGAAAGCUUCUGUGGGACAUCUGUCAUUGUGCCAGAACUUGAAGGGGCCCUUUAUUUAAAAGAAGAUGGAAAAAAGUCAUGGAAGAGGCGUUAUUUUCUUCUACGAGCUUCUGGAAUUUAUUAUGUACCCAAAGGAAAAACCAAGACAUCACGGGAUCUGGCAUGCUUCAUCCAGUUUGAGAAUAUGAAUGUUUAUUAUGGUUCUCAACACAAAACGAAAUAUAAGGCACCUACAGAUCACUGCUUUGUCUUAAAGCACCCCCAGAUUCAAAAGGAGUCACAGUAUAUCAAGUACUUAUGCUGCGAUGAUCAAGCAACCCUGCAUCAAUGGGUAACAGGAAUAAGAAUUGCCAAGUAUGGCAAGACCUUGUAUGAUAAUUACAAGUGUGCAGUGAAGAAAGCUGGCUUGUCCUCUCGUUGGGCAAAUCAAGGGACCGUGGAACCGGCUGCCCCUGCAGGAUCCUUAUCAGCAGGUGCUGUUCAGUCAAAUGGACAGAUUCCCCAGAUUGUUCAACAUUCCAGUGCAGAAUUUCCAGAGACUCUGAAGAAAGUGGAUACCCCAGAGGUACAGGCCAAGUCAAAUAACGUCAGUGUGCCUGGCCUGGCACAGGCAGUGAUGAGGCCACAGAGAAACCAGAGCAAGAGGAACUCCCUGCAGCCUCCUGCUCCACCUGAAAGGCGCUCAUCUGCUAUUUCUGCCUCUCCAAUUCUACCCUCCAAAGUCAAACGAGACAGCGGUGUUUUCCUAACGGAUCCAGACAGCUUUCCAGCACCACCACCUACGCUGAAGAUCGAUUUUCCACCACCACCACCUCCCGAUUUCUGUGAACCUCCUCCUGAUUUUGUGCCUCCGCCACCACCAGCCUGCAGCAGCGGUAACGGAGACCUGCCAUUACCCCCUCCACCUCCACCACUCUCCAGUAAGCCACCACCUCCAACAAAGAAACCCGUGCCACUUCCACCAAAAAGGCUAGAAAACACGGGACAAGCUGGAGAGCCAAGGUCAGCUGGGCCUCCUCCAACUGGGGGUGGAGGCAGGCAAGUGGAUUUCAUGUCUGACCUCAUGAAGGCUCUUGAGAAGAAAAGGGGCAGCAGCUCCUGAACUCUGGGAGCAGGUGGACUUCAAGCUAUAGCUGUUUUUCUGAGGCAUCAUGGAAAGUUGUGCUGGAUCAGGCUCUCCCAGCAGGAAUUCUCCUUCAUAGUUCCUUCUGGGGUCUCAAGAAGUAAGGUGGGGUGCCCUCUGUCCCCCACUUUAUCCCUAUAACCUGCUCCUCCUUCCUCUCCCUGCUAUUUACCAUUCCAGCAUCAGGCAGAGGUAAGAAAUGGCUGUAGAGUCUUGCUUCACUCCAUCAGGACAGCCAGGGCUGGCAGAGUGGCACUCACAGAGCCCAUCAGUGAGUGAAAUGCAUCUUCCAUCACCGCCUCCUCUAGUAAAAUUGGAGCUGAAGGAAGAAAUGUUCUCAUCUGAAUUUUGAGAAGUGGGAAAACCCCUUUUCACAGAAUUCCCCUUAAAGGUUCUUUAUCAUAAACCCUGCAGUUGUGGGGUUCUUUCCAAUAACACCUCCAUUUUUUUAAGUAGUCUUGUCUUAAAAAGUAAAACCUCAGCUAAAUUAUUCUGAGAUGCAAGGCCAGGACCAGGGCUACUUCCAGACAGAGUCACCCCAAAUGUUAUAGUCCCCUGCCUCCAUAUGCAACUCCAGGCAUCCCUGUCAGCACUCACAGUUGCCUUCCACUCUCCUUCACUUCUGUACUCUUAGACAAAGAAAAACUUUGAUUUUAGUCUCGUGUGCUUCCCUUGUAAGUAAGGGUUUUUUCAUUCCUGUUGGUUAACAUUUGUCUUCAAACUGUACCUACAAAUAGUCUGUCUUUGGGAAGACUUUGUACCUGAUAUGAAUAUCUCUUACAUGUUUUUUUUUCAUGUGUUCUUCCAUGUUAACUCGCCGCUGUUCGUUUAGGCAGCGUUCAUUAUUAGUUCUCCAAUAAAAAUAGCUUCUAUCUUA